CGCGAUGUGAAGCUUGUCUUUCAUUCUUAGACGACAAAGCUGUUCUUCCGCACCCAAAAACUUUGCCCAUCAGUUCGCACCACUGUGCGCUUGGCGCAGCGAAGAGAAUAUGCCGACAACACGCAACAUGCCUGCCGCUCACCACCGUUCCCUGUCAAAGUGUCAAAAACCAAUAAAUUAAGUGCAGUGCGGUGUGAAUAUGGGAACAUUAUUAUCAUCGUCCUCAUCACGAAAACCCGCACCCGCGGUGGUUUCAUUGAAAAUUCCGAAAAUUCGACACCCUCCCUCUGGGACGGUCUCUCGCCCACCGCAGCCCUCGCUUGGAAUGUCAUGCCAUCCAGCCCCCUACACCCGUUCCCUUGUCGGAUUGGGUGAAGUCGGUUCGGGUUCGACACGGCUUGGAGGACCCGGACUCCCUAACGAGCCGCCGUCGAGACGACAACAGCGGCUGACCGGGUCAUUAAUCAAUCAGGGGGCGCUUCAGAAGAUGCUAGCGAUGUGCGGAGUUCUGCUCGAUUCUGGACGAGAUGUCGCUGAGUCGCCUACCGUGAGUCAGUGAGCAAGAGGAGACGUCAAAUAAUCUCACUAUCACGACAAGUGAGUGAACGAUGAGUGAGCCCGCAUGUGUGGAGCGA